GCAAACAAGUUGAGAGGGAGAUGGUAAGAAGCGCUUUUUAUGCUUCUGCACAAUGUUUAUACAUGUUACGUACGCGUGCGAAAGAACGAUUAACGGAUGAUUAUAGCUACAUUAAAGAGGGGAGAAGAAAAUCACCUGACUUGGUCAUACAAAAAAAUUAUUGAUAUAUAAAAAUAUUCCAGUAGAGGCUAGGCGCCACAUUUUAUUCCCAAGGGGACUCAGAAAUAUGCCUUAACGAUAAAAGGAGGAAAGUACAUACUUCAGCAUUAUGAUGAAAAGCUAUUUAUCGGAGGAAGAUAAACUGAAGUUAACGAUAAAAAAAAACUACUUGGAGAGAGAUGCCAUUAAAACGAAAAUUUUGAACUACCUGAAUAGGUUGUCGUACCUGUGCUCAGAUGACAAGGAGGAGCUUAACAGAAGGGAAAGACAGAAGCGGGGAUUCUUCGGGGAGAACUUGGAGUACUUUCCCGAAUUCAGGGUAGAGAAGCGGGUAAGUUAAGAAGGCAGUGGGAGGGCUUGUGCGUAUAAGCGUAGACCGCCCAUAGCUUGCAUGCACAUCCAUCGGUUGCUGGCUACGUAAGAAUAAACGCUUUCCUUGCACCAACUUUUUUGCAGCCCAAGCUAGAGGAAGAUGAGACGACUGUGACGAGAAACAGGAGGCUUCUGCAAGUGGGGCUAUUU